GCAGGUUGCCUUGGAAGCAUAGGGACCCCGUUGCGGGCCUCAAACCCGCUCCUCUCAGAAUAAUGGUGCCUCCGGAUUGCGAACCACGGUGGGCCAGCACAGUGUUCCUCGGCCAGCUGAUUUGGGCUUAGUAUUUGAGUAACCGUAUUUGCCCCUGAAACAGAAUGUCAGUUGUCUUGGAGGGUCCAGUGGAACACGCGCUGGGUUUGCAUCUACCUUAUGUAAUGCUCAAGUUGCAGGGAGAAGUUCGACAUUGAGAAACUAGGGAGCACCGAGCGUCACCAUCGGCUGCUACUGUCACCAACUCAACCAACACAUCUGUCUUCAUCCCCACAUUACAACACUUUCACUUGACGCUAAACAUUCUGCAGGCUUGCAAAUUGGCAUGCUUGAGUUUCUUACCUUUUCACAGGUCCCUCAGCUUGUGUUUGGUGCCUUUUCCCGCGGCAACAUCGCAGACCAGGGUGCUGAAAGCGAAUCGGACCAGGCCUGCCCUGACACUAUUAGCACUUUGCAUCCAGAUUGCCACUGGUUCCCCAUGCCUUCUAGCAGGGUGUCCAAAGGAAAACAGCGAGCAUCGGAAUGGGCGCCUUACGACCACCCCUCUUCUCUAAUGGGUCAUGAAAUGUACGAGGAGCUUGUUCCGGGGCAGGGGGCCAUCGAUCCCAGGCUCCUACAAAAUGACUUCGAUCCGGCACCUCUUGAACCUUUGGACUAUCCAGCUGGGCCGACUGAGUACAUGGCUCCGGCUGAGGCCCAGCAGAAUACACCAGCUCUAGCUCCAUUCACAUACGUUACAGGGAGCCAUCAGAUUGACUACACCAACAACUACCGCGACGCUCAAAAUCAGUUUCCCACGUCCCAGGUCGACAGCUUUGUGCCAUCUUAUCCUUCGAGUUCCGGCCACGAGUCUUAG